GAACACAUAUAUAAACCCAACUUCGCUAGGGUUUUGCCUUGCCGUUCGCAGACACCAGAGGUGAACCAGAGGAGCUCUCCAUCACAUCCUCACAAAAUGGCUCCGAAGAAAGGUGGAAAGGCACCAGUAGCAGCAGCGAAGAAGAAGCCGGAGAAGGUGUCAAACCCUUUGUUCGAGAAGCGCCCGAAGCAGUUCGGGAUCGGAGGGGCGUUGCCGCCGAAGAGGGAUCUGACCCGAUUCGUGAAGUGGCCCAAGACCGUUCAGAUCCAGAGGAAGAAGAGGAUCCUCAGGCAGCGGCUCAAGGUCCCACCCGCUCUCAACCAGUUCACGAAGACCCUUGACAAGAACCUCGCAACAAACUUGUUCAAGAUGCUUCUCAAGUACAGGCCUGAGGACAAGGCAGCAAAGAAAGAGCGUCUCCUGAAAAGAGCUCAGGCAGAGUCUGAGGGAAAACCUGUUGAAGCAAAGAAGCCUAUUGUUGUGAAAUAUGGUCUCAACCAUGUCACUUACCUCAUUGAGCAGAACAAAGCUCAGCUGGUGGUCAUUGCACAUGAUGUGGACCCAAUAGAGUUGGUAGUAUGGCUUCCGGCAUUGUGCAGGAAGAUGGAAAUCCCAUACUGCAUUGUGAAAGGGAAAGCACGCUUGGGGGCGGUUGUCCACCAGAAAACUGCAUCAGUUUUGUGCUUGACCACUGUCAAAAAUGAAGAUAAGUUGGAGUUUAGCAAGAUCUUAGAGGCUAUCAAGGCCAACUUCAAUGAUAAGUAUGACGAGUACAGGAAAAAGUGGGGUGGUGGAAUCAUGGGUUCCAAAUCCCAGGCUAAAACUAAGGCCAAAGAGAGACUUCUUGCCAAGGAAGCUGCUCAGAGAAUGUCUUAAGAGUCAUGAUUAUGUGUUUCUUGUUUUACUUAGAUAUGAUUGUCCGAAGCUGUUAUUUGUUACAUUUUUGUUGGUUCAAGUUUAUUCUCAUCAACUGCAGAGGUUUUGUUUCUUUAGAGGCAGCUUAUAUAAAUUGAGGAACAGCUAAUGUUGGUGUUUGAACGUAAGCUGCCAUGCUGUAAUAGCAUUUGGGUUAGACAUUAAUGUAUGACGCCUUCUUUUUGGUA